GUACAGUGUUACACACUCUGCUCCCUGCCCUGUGCUGCCGCCUUUGAGAAGAGCAGGAUUUGUGCCUUUAUAUGAGACUUCGGCAAAACAUUCUGGCUUUAAAUCCCCGAAAACAAACACAUGCAACUCUUCACUCAACUGCAGCAAAGAAAUUAGUCAAGAAGCAAUGGAAAAGGAAUUCUGACAAAAACUGUUCAAACUGUGAGAAACUGGAAAAUAAUUUUGAUGACAUCAAGCACACGACUCUUAGUGAGCGAGGAGCACUUCGAGAAGCAAUGAGAUGCCUAAAGUGUGCAGAUGCCCCUUGUCAGAAGAGUUGCCCAACUAAUCUGGACAUCAAGUCAUUCAUCACAAGUAUUGCAAACAAGAACUACUAUGGAGCUGCCAAAAUGAUUCUUUCUGAUAAUCCACUUGGCCUGACAUGUGGAAUGGUGUGUCCAACAUCAGAUCUCUGUGUUGGUGGCUGCAAUUUGUAUGCCACUGAGGAAGGACCAAUUAAUAUUGGUGGAUUGCAGCAGUUUGCUACAGAGGUUUUCAAAGCCAUGAAUAUUCCUCAGAUCAGAAACCCUUCCUUACCUCCUCUGGAAGAUAUGCCUGAAGCAUAUCAGGUGAAGAUAGCUCUUAUUGGUGCAGGACCUGCAAGUUUAAGUUGUGCUUCCUUUUUGGCUCGACUGGGCUAUUCAAACAUCACCAUAUUUGAAAAGCAGGAGUACCUUGGGGGCUUAAGUACAUCUGAAAUCCCCCAGUUCCGUUUGCCAUAUGAUGUAGUGAAUUUUGAAGCCGAGCUUAUGAAGGAUCUUGGAGUGAAGAUAAUUUUUAGGAAAGGCCUUGCAGUGGAUGGAAUGACUCUCCAUACCUUGAAAGAAGAUGGCUAUAAAGCAGUCUUUAUUGGAAUAGGUUUGCCAGAACCAAAGAGAGACAGUAUAUUCCAAGGCCUGAAAAUGAAUCAAGGAUUCUACACAUCUAAAGACUUCUUACCUAUGGUAGCAAUGGCAAGUAAACCAGGGAUGUGUGCCUGUCACUCUCCCUUGCCACCAAUCCAUGGAACUGUGAUUGUGCUGGGGGCAGGAGACACUGCUUUUGACUGUGCAACAUCUGCUCUGCGCUGCGGAGCUCGCCGCGUCUUCGUGGUCUUCAGGAAGGGAUUCACUCAUAUCAGGGCUGUCCCAGAAGAGAUGGAACUGGCAAAAGAAGAGAAGUGUGAAUUUCUGCCUUUCCUCUCUCCUCGUAAAGUUGUUGUUAAAGGUGGACAAAUUGUUGCUAUGGAAUUUGUUCGAACGGAGCAGGACAGCGAUGGAAGCUGGAGAGAGGAUGAGGAUCAGGUUGUGCGUCUGAAAGCCAACGUGGUGAUCAGUGCCUUUGGCUCCGUUCUGGGUGAUGAUAAAGUCAGAGAGGCCAUGGCACCUAUCAAGUUGAACAGAUGGGGUCUCCCUGAAGUAGACCCAGAAACGAUGCAAACAAGUGAGCCCUGGGUGUUUGCAGGGGGCGAUGUUGGUGGUCUCGCCAAUACUACAGUGGAAUCUGUGAAUGAUGGCAAACAAGCUUCCUGGUACAUGCACAGAUACAUCCAGUCCUUAUAUGGUGUUGCAGUUUCUACAGUUCCAGAACUACCUCUCUUCUAUACUCCUAUAGAUUUAGUGGAUAUCAGUGUAGAAAUGGCUGGACUGAAGUUUCCAAAUCCUUUUGGCAUUGCCAGUGCAACCCCUGCUACUAGUUCUUCAAUGAUUCGAAGAGCAUUUGAAGCUGGAUGGGGCUUUGCUGUCACUAAAACAUUCUCCCUGGAUAAGGAUAUUGUAACCAAUGUUUCUCCAAGGAUUGUGCGUGGAACUACUUCAGGUCCUCUGUAUGGCCCAGGCCAAGGCUCUUUUCUAAACAUUGAACUCAUCAGUGAGAAAACAGCAGCAUAUUGGUGUAAAAGCAUUGCUGAACUGAAGGCUGACUUUCCAAACCAUAUGUGCACAUCAGCAAGUAUAAAAGUGUUUAAACAUUUAAUAUUGACAGUGAGAGUGCUGCAUGUUUAAUAUCCUACUUCCCUGUGAAUGGACUGUGUGUUUCGUUGCUGAGAUUCUCGUAACUUUAUUUACUGUGGCUAAGCUUCAUCAUAAUGAAAGCAUGAACCCAAAGAUAAUACUCUAUUCCCUAAUUUUAAUUUUAUAUCCUUUGUAAAAGUCCUGGAUAUUGCAUGCAGGCAGACUGUUGGCAAUUUCUGCUGUGGGAAUGCUAUCCCACUGUAUUCUUCACCAAAAACCCCUCACAGCACUUUAUGCCUGAGAUCAAACCAUUCUCUUCUGUGAGGAAAAGCACUAGGAGCAUUUCAAAAGGAAGAUUUGAAUUUUCUGAGACCUAGCAUUGUGUGUGGGAUGAAGAAGUCCCACUCUUCCAGUGUUCCUGGGGUGAACAUCUUCUGAUCAUCCCUCAUUAUAUGUGAGUUAUUACUUUGAGAAUGUGAAUUCAGUCUCUGCACGUUGGCUAUGGCUGCUGCUGUGGCAUCUUUGAGGCUGGUAAUGUCUGCGUGGGCACAGGGGAAGCAGCACCCAGCAGUAGACCUUGGCAUUGCUUACAGGGAUUUUUAAAACAUGCCUGUGAACUCAUCUAAGAACUGUCAUAUAAUUAUAAUGGUAAAUUUGUUGCUAACUGAAAACAGAAUUUUGUUCAGAGGAGAAGUCUCUUGGUGCUUAUUUUGAGAUAUUCUGUAUAAUUACAACUCACAGAAUUUUCUUCACCCAAUUGAUGUUCACUCCUCUAGAAAGGGUUUUUCAACAUUGUGUGUUUUAUUAAAACCAAAACCACUUUCUGAGAACUGUUUGCGUGAACUUAAUUAACAAGCAAAGAAUGACAUUUUCUGCUCAAAUGAAGGCCAAACAGAUGAGGACACAAGUGAUUACAGUAAAAAAACUGAUCCUACUCUGGCAAAUUUUAAAAGCAAAUCAAAACUUACACAUAAUUACUUUUGCUGUGAAAUACAAGUUAGAGUGAGAUUUAUGUUACAGAUGAAAAGGAUAUGAGCAAAAUAUCCGCCUCACUAGAAAAUGAUCCCACAACAGCAUUUUAUCUUGUGCCAUUGAGAAGAAGCAAACCAUAAAGGACAGCUAAAUUCCCCCAGCAGAGGCUAGGGUGUAAACUGAACUUUGCAAUGUGUUGUGCAGAAGAGGACCACCAGUCACAGCUCCUUGGGAAAUGCCACUUAACUGUGGCAUGUUGCCUCCAUAAAUCAGGAACCAGCAUCUCCCUUGUGCUGUCUUCAACCCCUGUCGUGGGUAGCCUCAUUCUUUGUCUCUUCUGUCUUCUGAUUCUUGUUUGUAGCUUUCAAAUAUCUCUGACUGCCAGUCUUUCUGUUCCUGCUCUUGUAUUAGCUCCUCCCUUUGACCCCAAAUCCACUUCAAGUGGAUGAGGGAGAAGCUGCCACCACCAGGAACUUGCUUCAGUGCCACCAGCAGAGAAUAAAAUAUUGUAAGGGUCCAAGCAGAGGAGAAAGCAUAAGGUGUCUGGAUUUUGUAUGUUCCCUGGCAAGGUAUUAUCAAAAGCUGCUUACUGGGGUCAACCUACCACAGGUGGGAAAUGCACAAAUGUCAUUUCAUGACUGAGACACGCAGUGGUUAAAGUGCUUUAGUUAGGGGGCUGAAAGAACUAACACUAAUGUCACAACAAGUCCCACUUUCAUAUUUCAUCCACCAAGGAGAUAUCUGAUUAUAUGGUGUAUUGGUGUACUUUUCAGCCAAAACAUUGCUGAAAAAAUGACAGAGUAUGAUACAUUCAAGAAAUUAGCUUACCUAGGAUAUAUUAAUUCAGCCAAGUAGAGCUCCCCUAAUGAUAUGAACAGGAAUGAAAACAAUGCGGGGGAAAAAAUUGCUUUUACGUUAGCAAACGUCUACAAAAUUUAAUAAUUGGGAAGUGGCUGAGAAAGUUGGGAAAAAAAGUUAUAAAGCCUAGGAGGAGAACUUACUGCUAAAAUUUUAUAUUCACAUACUUGACAAUAGCUACAAACUGGCCAUUAUCUGUGCUGGGAACUGUGAAUACUGGUGGUGGCAGUACGUCUUGGUGACAUGCUAAAGCAAGGAGCUUUAGCAUUUGCACUGAGAAGAACAAGCUUGAAAAGAGCAAGGUUUGAAAACAGUAACUUCUCUGCAUAGAAAUGUAUACCAAGGUUUCACUAAGAAGGUGAUGAACACAAUUGCCAAAUAGUCUCUCUACACCUUCCUGUAACUGGUGCCCAGUUGAUCAUAAUAAGGUAAACAAAUAAGUUUAAAACCUGAGUAUGCUAUUUAGUUUGAGUCUGGGUGUGUGCAGGAGGUCACAGCAGUACAAACAAGGGCUUUGACAAGGUACUCCAUGAAAUAGAUUGCAGGAGAAAUGUUGUUCCCUACCAGACUAAGAGAAGUCUAUCACAAACAAGCAAAUAUCCAAGAAAUUUGUACCACAUGAAAGAACUGGAUCUUGAAAGAAGAUGCCCAAUUUAAUAUUUUUCAAUAUUGCUAUGUUAGUAUAUUGAAGUCUUAAAAGUAAGUGUUUGGCCUCCUAGUGCAGCACAAAUGAGUUUGAUCUCCUGCAUGACUGUAGGGAAUGUACAUAGGAUACCAGAUUGUCAGCUGUGGCGCUGAAUCUGUGAUUCAGAUAUCAGUGGCAUGAUGCGUUGAAUUGAGAAACCUCUUCUGCUAGAAACAGUAAGUACUCGUGGACCCCCCAACUAAGCUGAAGACUCUUGUCUUAAUGUUUGUUCUGCUGCUUGUGGAAUGUUGCUGACAGUCUCUCUGACAGUUACUCAGCAGACAGCAGCUUUUCAGGGCUGAAGCUGUUCAACAUGUAUUUUUGUUCAACAUUUUGUUCAGAAUGUCCCAGGAGCACCUGUUGGGAGUAGCCAUGCUAGAAAGUGUGAGAACAGAUCGCUGGAUCCCAGGCUG